CUGUUUCGUUACUUUCCGUUUGAUACAGUGGAGUCCUGCUCCCUUCCGAGAUUCACCUAAAUCAUAUCAGGUGGGCUACUGUGGACGAUUGAGGUAGAUGAACAUCCAGUGGGGAAAUGUCAAAUGGUCAAAGACGACAGUUGACAGGUCAUGUAUCGAAUCAGAAAAUAAAAAAAACUAUUGCCCUGAUCUUGUGUGACGAUGCCUGAGCGUUGGGCUGUCACGCCAACAUCGCAUCUUCACCUUCACCUCUCCGGAUUCAGCAAGAGACAUACAAAACAGACAUUUAGAUUGCUUCAAAAAAAGGGAGAAAAGACAGGAACUGCUGCGCCAGAAACUCCUGAUUUGGCACAAAGGAGGGGCACAGCGUCAGCACUUUUUUUUUUCCCCUCACAUUUUAAUUCCUCUAUAGCGUUCUGUUGGACCCGACAGUCUGGGACACAAAGACGACUAACCCGUGUUCUUUUCCUGCUCGUUUCGUGCUGUUUUUCUGCUGUCGCGAUGCUUGAGUCAGGGUCUCACUGCUGCCAUAAAUCCAUCUUAAGAUAUCGCUUCCCCUCCUCUUCGUCCUCCUUCUCCAACUUCUUCUCUCUCCAUCUCUUCUACUUCCUCUCCCGUCCCGGUUUCAAACAACUCCCUCAAACAUUCACCUCCUUUUUCUUUCUUUCUCACUCUUCUUUUAUCUCUUGUUCCUUUAUUUAUCACUUUGUCUGUCGUCUUCUUUCUUCUCCUUCCUUCUCUCUCUCUCCCUCUCUCUUCCAUCGUCCUCCAUUAUAAGGCUACUUUGUCUCACUCUAUAAAGUAUCCUUUUAUUCUUAUUCUUCCUUCUGCAAAAGUCUGGAAGGCUUCAAAUGCAUCGUUCCUUUCCUACCAUCAUUCAGACUAUCUGUAUCUUUACCCUCUUGUCUUUCUAAGGAUCGACAGUAGCUCUGCUAUACUCCCCGCCGAUCUAGUGUCACACCAUGGCUGCUGCUAGAUUCAUUCGCCAGCCGCCUUCUCCUCCUCAUUCGGCCGACGGCGAACCGAUCCCAGACGCACAGAUGGACCCUUGCGGUCAGAUUCAUCCGUUAUAUGCCCACCCAGAUUCUUUUGCUGGUGUAUACCCUAAUCAUCCCGAGAUGCAACAAGUGGUGAGUUG